AUGCUUUACCGACAAACCGCUGCGCGCUCUGUCCUCAGGGCUAUCUCGAGCUCCAAUGCCUCCGUGGCCCGCUCGUCGCUGGUGAACAAUGUGUUCAAGGCUCAGUUGGCUACUGCCGCUCGCGCUCCCGCCCGCCCGACUGUGUCACCAAGCCUCGCUCUGGCUGCUCGCAAGCCUGUCACUACCGCUCUCGUCCGCUACGCCUCCACGUCCAAGAGCGACGAGGAUGUUGAUGUCAUGGCUGGUAUCAAGGGUGACGCGAAAGUUAUCAAGGAGACCUUCAGCCUUGAGGGCGUCCCCAAGGACGCUCUUUACCUCGGCAUGGCUGGUGUGAUCCCAUACCUCGCUACUUCAUUGGAAACCGUUUACCUCGCCUACGAGGUCAACCGCGCUCAUGCUACCGGUGACGGUCUGAUCUUCUCCGGCCAGAGCGCCGAGAUGAUGCUGCACAUGCUCGAGCACGUCCAGGUCGGAUACGGUGCUGUGAUCCUCUCCUUCCUCGGAGCUGUCCACUGGGGUCUUGAGUGGGCUGGAUACGGCGGUCGCUCCGGCUACAGGCGCUACGCUGCCGGUGUCAUUGCCCCCGCCGUUGCCUGGCCUACUCUGCUGCUCCCCGUUGAGCACGCUCUGAUCACCCAGUUCCUCGCCUUCACUUUCCUCUACUACAAUGAUGCCCGUCUCUCUGUGAAGGGUCUCGCCCCCAAGUGGUACAGCAUGUACCGCUUCGUCCUUACCUUCAUUGUCGGUGCCAGCAUUGUCGCCACCCUUGUCGGUCGUGAGCAGAUCUCUGGCAUUGUCGCCAAGGAGCACAACAUCUCCGACAAGAUCAACGCCCUUCUCUACCUCCAGAAGAAGGAGGAGGAGGAGGCCGCUGCUCGCAAGGCUGAGCAGGAGGAGGAUUCCGAGUAA